AUGGCGCUCGACUUCGCCGCCACUUACAAGAUCCUGGUGCUGGGCGACUCCAAUGUGGGCAAAACGUGCAUAGUGCACCGUUUCUGCGACGAGAGGUACUACGACACGUACAUAUCAACAAUAGGAAUAGAUUUUAAGCAGAAGAUAGUGAACCUGGACGGCGUUCCCAUUAAGCUCCAGAUAUGGGACACGGCAGGACAGGAAAGGUUCAGGACCCUCACCACGGCCUACUACCGGGGCGCUAUGGGCAUCCUCUUGCUCUACGACGUCACCAAUUUGGAGUCUUUCAACCACAUCACCUACUGGCUGCAAAAUAUCGAGGAGAACGCGUCUCCCCACGUGAUCACCGUGCUGGCUGGAAACAAGUGCGAAUCGAACGACAGGGUGGUGGAUACUCAGAGUGGGGAUAAGAUCGCUGAACACUUCGACUUAUCAUUUUUUGAGGUGUCCUGUAAGAAUAACAUCAACAUAGAGGCGGCUUUCAUGAACCUGGCUAGGAAAAUUCGCGAAAAAAGAGAACAGAAGGGUUACGCACUACUGGAUCACCAUCCAGAGGACAAUACGGACUUACUGAAACCGAAAACAGAGCUUCAAAUUCGUGCAUGUUCAUCAACAUGUUAA